GACGCAGUCCAUCGUCCGAGCGGGGGAGGGACGGGGCCUGCGCACGCGCGCUCAUGGAGCCCAACCUGCAGUUCUGGAGCCGGGAAGGCCAAACGUUCUCCCAGAGGUUUCGUCGCUGGACGGAGAUAUUGGAACCGACGAAUUUACUCUUCUCCGAGGAAGACGUUCAGAACUCCAGAUUAUUGUUAACCACGAAGGGACGGGCUUCCGCUGAACACGGAGAUGACGACCAACAGUUCCGAGCUGCUUGGAAACAGAGUCUGUCGUCUGUGCACCCCGAUUCGGGACGUCUAAUUCCGGUGCCAUUUAGACCCGCCGCUUUCCUUCCUUCAACCGUGCCAUUGCUGUAUCUCUCGCUGCUCCCCCCAAAAGGAAUAAAGACGGCUCUUUUCCCCCAGUUGAUGUUUCACCUGUACACGACCCAGUUCAGCAUCGUAAAUGGAAAUGCCACUAAUGAGAAGUAUACGUUUAUGCAACAACUUCUUGGAGCCACUACGGUUUUUUCAUCGACAAUUUUUGGAAUUUGCCCUCGACUCAUAAUGACUCGCUAUGCGCUGAAUGGACCCACUCUGCAAAUGGUCAUUACAAAGGUCCUGCCCAUUCCUCUUCUAGCUUUCUUCAGUAUGUUCAACGUGGUGGUGUGCAGAAGCCCCGAGUACCAAUAUGGCAUCGAAGUAAUGGACAAGGAUGGCAGCGUCAUCGGCGUGUCCCGGCAAGCUGGUGCUAAGGCAGUAAAAGAAACAGCCUUAUCCAGAGGGUUGCUGUUUGGGGUGUCGGCUCUCGUUCCAAGCGCCCUGACCCCUCUGUUGAAAAGGACCAGUUUUGUGCUCCAAAAUCCACGGUUUCUGGUGCUCCUGAAGCUGAAUUUGACUGUCUUAGUAAUGGGACUGAUGGUGCCUACUUCGUUUAGUCUGUUUACCCAAACGGGGCGGAUACACCGUGUUGACCUCGAAGAAGAAAUUCAGGCCUCCACCGAAGAAACGGAACUUUUUUAUAACAGAGGACUUUAGAGAACGGCUUCAACCUGAGGGUGGCUUCUGAUCUUAGAACGGAUCAGCGCGGUUUUCCGAGUAAGGUCCGAGGCCGAUGCGCCUGUGGGAAUCAUUAGGGAUUUUUUCCCUUCGGGAGAGCAGUGAUACGACGAUGAGAGUAAGCUUCAAGGUUAUCCGCUUGCACGGCAGUUCCUUUAGGCUACCGUGUUCUUGGCAAAUCCAUUUCCUAUGAUCGCCGGUCCCGUGUGACACGCCCGUGAUGAGCGGAAGCUGUGCCUUAUUGAGCUCAGACCUACUUUGGAAAGACUGCUGUAUCGUCAUUAAGAAUAAAUUAUGUUUUCAAAUUUA